AUGUCAACAACACGUGAACGUUAUCUUGAAUGGAAAAAUCGUUCAUUAUUACCACAAUUACCAAUUGAAAUUUGGGCUCAUAUUUUUUUGUAUGUUGAAAUCUCUGAUUUAUUAUUAAUACGUCUUGUUUCACGUUUAUUUUAUUCUUGUGUUAAUCAACAUACAUAUUUUUGGUCAUCGAUUAUAUUUGAUAUUGAUCAAUGUCCUAUAUAUUUAGUUCAAUCAAAAUUCUUGCAUAAUAUUUGUUCAUCAAAUAUUAAUUUAUUUACUAAAACAAGUAUUUAUUCACAUUGUAAUAUUUAUUUAAAAAAUCAACCAUUAAUAAAUUCAACUAAUAAACGACGUAAACAACGUUUAUUAAUAUCACAACAUAAUGAUGAACAAUCAAAAAAACAAAUAUAUUUACGUUGUUAUUCUGUACAUUUCGAAUCACUUCGUUCAUUUGAUCAAUUACAACUUGAAUAUUUAUUAAAAAAAUCUAUACGUCGUUUACAAUUAUCAUAUGAAUGUUUAUCGACUGAACCAUCACUUCAUUUUCUAUUAAAACUUGAACAAUUAAGAUAUUUAAAAAUUUCAUUUAUACAUAAUAUUAUUGAACUUGAUUCAUUUGCUAUUAUGUUAAUUAAUACAAUGUGUGAUAUUAUUAAUUUAUUAUUCAAAUUAAAAAGGUAA